AUGGCUAAAGAAAUGAGCGGCAAAUUGAAAUGUACUUUGGGCAAGCAGCCUUCUGUUUUGCGUGAUCUCAGCCAAAAACUGAGCAGGGGCUUCAAUGAUGCAAUAAACAGUUUCAGUGAUGAUGGCUGGUCAUUGGUUGACUAUGAUGCUGCUGAAGAUUUGAUAAUUUGUGUUAAUUCAACCAAGAAAUUUGGCACCGAUUCAAAUUAUAAUGAUGCCCUUCCAUUGUCUGGGGGAAUCCUUUGUGUGAAAUCCUCCAUGGUGCUUCAAGCAAGUGAUAUAAGUGAUUAUAAUGGUGAUUGUAGCAUUAGUGGAGGUAAUACAUUCCCAAAAAGACACCAUGACAUAUACAAUAAUAAUGAGUAG